ACCUGAGAAGGCGCCAAGAGGUGAUCCGCAUCGCUGCCCCGGCACCGCGCGCCCGCCCCCCGCCAGCGCGGAAGGUCUAUUCCUCCCCCACGCAUCUGGCCCGCGUCCCCGGGCCGCGGCACCGGAUCCCGGCGGGGGUGUGGACCCGGGGCCCGCUCUCCCCGGCGCGGCCAGGGCCCCCCAGUGUGCGAGCGCCUAGGGGAUGCCGAGGUUUGGCGGGCGCGGGGUCAAUCUGGGCAGGGCCGAGGCGAGAUUCUCCCUGUCUCUGUGCCCUGACCGUACUCCUGCUGCGGUUCCGGCGGAGAGCGCGGGGAGAGCAGCGGCGGGAGCUGCUCAAGAUGAGGAGGUGCGUGGGGCCGGGGCGGAGCGGCCACGUUCCCCGCGUGUGAGCCCCCACCCAUCGCCGGCGCCAGCACUUCCCCGACCACUCGGGUUCGGCUAUGCGGGAGCCGUGAGGAGGAGGCUUGCUGUCGUGGACUUGAGAUCUCAGGAAGUCAUGCUGGCUUGCUUUUAAGUGGCUUGGGGAAAGUGAAGAAACCCCAAAAUGGAGGACUUUGCUACUAGGACCUAUGGCACCAGUGGCCUGGACAACAGACCUCUGUUUGGGGAGACAUCCGCCAAGGAUCGAAUCAUCAAUUUAGUUGUUGGCAGUUUAACAUCCUUAUUGGUUCUAGUAACGCUGAUCAGUGCUUUUGUUUUCCCUCAACUACCUCCAAAACCGUUGAAUAUAUUCUUUGCUGUCUGCAUCUCUUUGAGUAGUAUUACUGCCUGCAUACUUAUCUACUGGUAUCGACAAGGAGACUUAGAACCAAAAUUUAGAAAGCUAAUAUACUAUAUCAUAUUUUCUAUCAUCAUGUUGUGUAUAUGUGCAAACCUGUACUUCCAUGAUGUGGGAAGGUGAGGCUGCCAAGGAGAAGUACUUACCAGGACUCUUCAAAAUGAUACAUUAGGACAGUGGGUAAUUUUUGGAUAAGGUAUGCUGAAGAAUCUCCUGCAGAAGUCUGAUACAUGAUUUUCAUGUUAAUUGUAAAUGUAAUUCCCUCUUGCAAGGGAGACAUAGUUUGCUUUUUCUUUAAGGAGCUGAUGUUGUACCUAAACAUUCCAACCCUUAAAGCUCAAACAGCACAACAUUCACUUUUGAAAUGAACGUUUUUAUAAUGUAAUUGCACAGCAAAAGGCUAUGUAACAAACAAAUCUUGCAUUUUAAGACAAAUAUUCUUUUAUUUCUGUUAAACUGAAUAUACAGUUGUUCCCUAGGCAACCGACUUUUGCUUAACUACAAUUUCACGUUAACAAAACAGACAGUGAAAAGACAACUUUGUGAAGAUCUAAUUACAAUAAUAAAUAAAAUAAUUUAUACAAGG